GACUGAAGCUAGAUCACAGCAAGCGCUCUUCCUUUCCACAAUGUGUGCUACCUACAGUUUUUGCGUGAAACGUUUGGUUUAUUUUGUACAAGUUAAAAGUAGUUGUUAAUCUAGUCAGUUUCUCAAGGCAUUCCACUCACACGUAGUUUAAAAACAAAAAAAAAAAAAAAAAAGAAAAAAGAAAGCGAGGCUACUAACAAAAUUAGAUACAUUGCCGCAAUGUUAAUUAUUGAAUGUUUCCUGUUCUGCCGAGACAAAAAAUAAUGUGCAGGUAACUACCGGGGUGCACUACAUUUAGAGAGAGAAACAGCAUCUACACGCAGUCAACAUGUAAGGCUAGAGACGUGAGUGGGGCAUUGUUGAUCGCAUUGGCUUGAAAAGUAUUGGUUAAAACAGUCAGGAGACUUAAUAGUUCAAGGGACCUAUAAACAACAGUUAAGUCGUAUUGAAAGACGUGAACCUCAUUUGAGAUGGAGCUCGAGAAAGAGACAGAUGGGAAGCUUGACGCUGAGAGGCAGACUGAGGCCAUAAUGGAGAUGGAUAGAGAAGUCAAAACCCAGACAGAGGGAGAAUCAGUUGAAAAGGAUCCAGAAUUAGACACUAGGACAGAAGAGGUCAAGAGAAAACGUGAGAUGGAGCCGGUGCGAGUGUGUGUCUCCGGCUCCGCACUCCUGCUGUGGCGUUCGGCGGACCUGCAGCUGGUCCGAGAGAGGAUGGGCAUCGUGGGCACGCUGGUGGGCUCUCUGGCCAGACAGCCCCGUCAGAAUUGCCGGCUGGGAAGACCACUGCAGCUACUGCUGGAGGAGGCCCGUCUGCUGAAGGACACUGGAAGAGCUGUGUUGGUCAAGGGGGCGGAGUCAGAGUGUGACGAUGACAGGGUGAAUGUAGAGGUGGAGGAGAAUUAUGCAAAGCAUCUUCAGCACAGCUAUGAGGAACAGGGAAGACUUGCGUUAGAGGAGAAGAAACGUGUGCUGGAGAGAGUGAUGACAGAGAGACUUGGAGCUCUCACAGAUCAGCCAAUCAGAGAGCGUCUGUUAUCUCUGAAGAGUUCUUUUUCGUUCCCUCGCUCUGCCAUGAUGGUUCAACUCUGUACAGCCAGAGCGAGGCUGAGCUAUGCUCCAGAUGAGCGUGAUUGGCUGGCUACUGACUGGCCCCUACCACGUGACAACAAACAGGAAGUGAGGUAUCGUGUUUACCAGGACCUGCGGCAGCAAGGAUAUUACAUCACAUCCGCUGGAAAAUUUGGGGGAGACUAUCUUAUCUACCCAGGAGACCCCCUGCGUUUCCACGCUCACUUCAUCGCAGUGUGUGUUCCGAUUAAAAGCCAGUCUCCUAUUAGUGACUUCCUGUGUUUGGCGAGGCUAGGCGCCAACGUGAAGAAAACGAUUUUACUGUGUUCUCCGAGCGAGACUGAGGGUGAGGGGGUCAUUUACACCUCUGUACAGUGGAGUGGCAUGGUCUAGACUUCAAUACAGGAAACACAGUGACAGGUGCUGGUUACUGGUACAGCAAGCCCACUGUCUAAUAUUACAAUGACACAGCAAGCACACAGCAAUGGAAGUGGCAUUGUAUUGUAUUAUACAGCACAUCAGUAUGUUUUUGGAGCAGUGAUAUGGUUGAACUGAGAUAUUCAAUGUGAGUACAGCUUCAGGAGACUGGUUUGCGUAUGGUUUGGUGUAGAGAAUAUUCAAGCACUUACAGUAUUGCCUUACUCCAUGAUACAGUGCCAGGCUGAAGCACUCCAAAGCAAAGUAAUGCUCCAUGUGGAAAAGGCAUUCAUUGUGUUGAAAUAAAUUGCUAUUAUUUUGCACUAUUUUUUCUUUUUAUUCAGUAAUUCAUCUAAAGUUAUUUUGUGAGCCCAAAACACGUGCAAAAGAAACCUAUAGGACCCUAACCUGAAACAUGAGCCUGUUCAAUUAAUGGAAGGUUAAAUAGAGUCUGAGGAUAGGGUUAGACCAUUUUAAUUGUCCUCUAUGUAACCCUAGCCAAUAGAGUCAUGUUUCUAUUUGUGAUCCUAAUAUAUACAGAAGUAUAAAUUAAACUACAUUUAACAAUUCAUUUCUAACCAUUACUAUUACUGUUUUGAGACGUCUAUAACAUAUUUUAUAUUAUACAAAAUAUCAUAUUUAAGCAGUUAACAAAAAUAACUAUAUCUCUAAACAGCUCUCUAUGGAAGCUUUAAUAAACAUCAAUUUUUUUUUUUUUUUUCCAACUUAAUUUUCUCAAACACACUUGCUAGUUUUUUACUUUUUGGUAUUAGGUACAUAGGAGGCUUGGCUCUGUCUAGGUGUUUGCUGGAAGGGAAACUCAAGGAUGCGUACAACUUAUGGAAAGUUGUCUGAAUCUUUAUUCUGCUGGCCAUCAGUAAAAGGUAAUUUCUUGCUAGCUGUGACUUGAUUGAUGGCCGUUUUGCUGGUGUCCUUUAUCUGCUAAAUGAAAAAUAAAAAAAAUAAAAACAUUGGAAGGUCAGAUCGUCGCUAGAACACAUUUCAUUGUUCCAGAAUUCUGAAGUCGCUAUCCAUUCACAACAGAUGGAAUACCCUAACACAAAUGUCCAUACAAACUUUCAUUGCAUUUAGGAAGAUCCUUUUGUAGACCAACCUAAGUCAUGCAAAAGUAGUGCACCGUGAUUCUUUUACCAUACCAAGUAUCAACAUAAUUGGAUGACCUGCUCUCAUAGUAUAAGUGGAAUGUGUACCAUAGGGAUAGAAGUGUGUAUGAGUGUAAGCUGCGUUUAAGUGAAUUGUUUUCAUUGCUUUUAAUUAAUUCUAUUUUUGUAAAACACUAAAACAUACUGUGCCUGUAUUAUGGCCCCUGCAUUGAAUUUAGCUUGUUUUCCCAUUGCCUAAAAGGCGAUCAAAAUUCUCUCUUGUUCCGGAAUCAUGACCCCAACGUUAUGGGACAAGGAAGAAAGACUGGCUUAAAGGGGGUACAGCUGGUGGAAGAUGGGGUUUCAAUCCACUUCCACUGCUUCCCUUUAUUGUCGUUUUCAUCUGAAUGCAGUCCUCCAAGUCUAUUCAUAUUUAACCAGUAGGUCACAAGGAAGAAAUACUCUUUUCUCAAAGGCAACAAAACUGGUACAACAAACUUUGAAAACUGCACAGUUAAUUCAUAUGCCAUCAAAGAUACACAACGUGGUCUGUCAUAAAAAAAAUGGAAUUUAGUAUUUGCAGCAUAAGUAAGGGGUAAAAAGAUGCAUUAUUAUUCCGCUAUAAAAUUGAACAUACCAAACCACUCCACUGGGGUGAUAGCAGGUACCUUUGCCACUGGAGUCGAACACAGCCUGCACAGCUGGAGCUGUGUCUCAAUCUUCCUGCACUAUGCAUGUAAACUCCCUUUGCUCAUUCUCAAUAAUGAGAACCGUCAAGUUUCCAGAAUGAUAAGACUUUUUGAAUGGAAUUUUUAAAUAAUUUGGUUUCGUUUGAAUAGUGAAAACAAACAGAAAGGCUCAAUAAACUAAACGGAUUGUUAAAUGAAAUGAAAAUUACACAUUUUGUAUUGUGUAAGUAAAAGAUUGUCUUAAACUAAAAGCCAUGUGGAAGUGCUGUCCACCUCCUAUUUCUGCAUUUUAAACUAUUCAGAGUUCCUCACAGCACAUGUGUCCAGCAGCACAGGAAGCAGCCCCACACUCUACUGUCUUAGUGCUGCUGCCUCAUGUAACACAUGUAACACAAAGCUAAUAGCAUUACUACACAUUGUAAUCAGUGGCGUAGCCAGGAUUUUGUUCCGGGGAUGGAUGGAGAUUUUUUUGAUGAUGGUUAAUAACACUGGCAUAUUGAGGAUUUCACUUCGGGGGGAGGGUUCAAAACCCUAAAACCACCCCCUAGCUACGCCAGUAACUGUGAUAAAUAACUAUGUUAAUCCAUACAGAUCGUCAGCAUUUAAACAUAACCAGCAAAACAUCAAAUCUGGGUUAACAGAUUAUUACAGGUGGCCUUCUACAACACCUCCUCAAGACCCACCUGUUCUAUCCCUGCUACUAUGCACUGAAUUCACCUUUCCUAAGUACCACAUUACUGGGUCUCUCAGCUGAUGUACGAUUGCACUACUAAAAUGUUAUUGUCGAUAUAACUUGAUAUUAUCAUAACUUGCUGCAUCCUAUUUUGUAGUCUAUGUUAGUAGUGUUAUUUGCACUUACUGUAAAGUUCAGUAUU